CCGGGUGCUACAAGUAUGGAUUUUUUCCAAGCAAGUAGAAAUGACGUAGGUGAUAGAUCGAAUCGUUUAGUACGCUAAUCUUGACAGUUGAAUUUCUCGAUGGAGAGAGCGUCUGUUCACGUCAGGGUCCGAAGGAGAUGUAGUCACUUUGACUUUCUUCUAGAUGGGGUAUGUGUUCAGUGUGCCAGGUCAAAGAAAGAGAGAAAAAUGAUAGGUAGUUUCCUUCUUGCUUUUGCGGGGGUUUUGGCAGAAUUGGGUUCGACUCCCGUUAUACGCGAUGUGGCGAAUCAGACUGAUUCAACGGAUAUGCCUGCAUUAAGAUUUAAAACUUGUCGUCUACUUUCAGGAAAUGUUCGGAAGAGAGAACUUACAAUAAUACAACGCCGCAUUCUCCGAAGAUUGAGGAACAAGAAGAGAUCUAUUAAGAGAAAGAUUUAUCCAAGAGAAAAUCUUAACAGUUACAUCCAAUCACAAACUACACGAAAGUUGCCCCUUAUUCAUGGGGAUUUACCCAUCACAGAGAUGCACAGAGGAACAGAACGAACUUCAUAUAUCCCUUUUCUACUCAAUCCAGAAACAAGAUCGGACGUUAUUCCGGUUCGUCUCCAUUUUCGUGAAACUAUUCCUCAAGCAAGGCAGCCGAUAAGUCAUCGAAGGGUUUGUGUGAAUAAUCGAAUGGGAAGCAUUACUCGUUUGAAAGUUUCCCACGGCGAUCUAAUAUCUUUUCAAGAAAAUGACGCGAAAAUCCGCGGUGAAGAAAUAAGGAGAUCUUUCUAUAUCGAAAUAUCAGUAGAAAAAAUUAUAGGCAAAUUCCUGGGUCACCGGGUAAGAAUGUGGAGAAGAACCAAAACGGAAUGGUUCCGCCUACUCAAAACUAAGCGGGGAUGCCGCCUGCUACUAAAAUCCCGGUUUUUGCAACAACAGUUGCGUUAUUCUAUGCAAGAAGAAUACUUAGAAAGAACAAAGAAGUUUGGAUCCGAAAAAGUAUGCUUAGGAAGUUCUUUCGCUGAGCACAACAGAAUGAAGAGGAAUUUUUAUCAUUUCAAAUCCCUAUUCUUAUCGAAGAGAAGAAACGAGAAAAAGCGAUAUCUUCCUACUCGAACAAGAAGGAAGAUAGUUUACAACUCUUCUUUAUAUAGUAAUUCGACCUAUUGGUCCGCACCCCCCCAUAAGUUUACUAGGAAGAGAAGAAUAAAAAGGAUCGAACUACCUACUCAUUAUUCGGAGGUGAAUCAUAGAACACCAAAAGCGGUGGUAUUUUAUGGACCUAACAUAGGUCACAUCCCUCACGACAUAAGAUUGAAAGAUCCAAACCUUCCUCUUCGGAGCGGAAACGGACGUGGCCAAAACAUAUAAAGAUCGGCGUAGUCGCUCAUAGGGACAUAUCUAUCCGGAUAGGGGAUAGUCUAGUCUAUCGCCGUCUCUAUCACGCUAUUAGAUAUUCGAAUAUCUAAUUUCUUUUUCUUAUUUAUAAUUGAACAAAAGCGAGGAGCGAGCCAAAGAGCGAGUUAGGUCUACUUCAAAUAGGGGCCAAGUCUUGCCUAAGCUCUUUAACCUGUUCCUCAAGGACAGGAAAGAUAGAUAGAUUCAAUUAGAUUACACUCCUAUCAGUGCAACGGCCGCUUUCUCCCCCACCUGGCUGCUCAAUCUAAACCAUUAGGGGUGAGGAAGAUUGAUCAAACUCCCCAAGGGGAGGGGAUAGGAACGUACUAAAUCAACAGGCAGGCAGACAGGACUUUAGCGGACGAGCAAUCGAAUAUUCCCGCUAAUCACUCGUACUCCUCCUAGCCCAUGAUUCAGUCUGUGGUCACGGAGCUAUGUAAUACCUCUGUACUAAAGUACCUGGUCCUUUACUUGACUAAGGGAAAAUCCCUAAGAAAUGCGCCGAGCAGAAUAGCAGCAUCAUGCUUCAAUUUAAUAAGGAUGUUAAGCUAGCUCGAUCGCAGGAAAUGAUGGAAAGGUUGAAGCCCCAGUGGCAAGAAGAACAAGGUAACGGAUGGAAGAUAGAUAGAACGAGGUGACAUUGGAACAGGCAGUCAAGUAAUCAAGCUACUGCCCUUCCUUGGGAGGGAUAGGAGCCCUUCUUCUCGAGCAUUGAAUAGCAUGGCCUGCCUUUGGAUGGGCUUUUGGGAAUGAAUGAUAGAGCACAGGCAAGGCAUAAGUCCAAAAGAAGCACGGGCAUUUGCUGGGACUUGAAUGGGCAUGCUAGAAUAAGUCCUUUCGAUCCUCAGAAAGGAGCAAGUCAGCUAAUGAAGGCUCGCCCAUCUCUUUUUAUUGAUUCUCGCUAAAGGAUCGGGUACUUUGAUUGGUAUUAAAGUAAAGUGUUCUAUCCCUUCGAUCAAGUAACCUAUUAACUUAACACCAACAAAAAAACUAUUUAUAAUAAAAAAAAAAGAGAUUUUUGUGUGGCCAACACGCUCAACGGCUUUUUAUUCGCUAUCAGCACUAUUUACUCUCUCUACCUUUCUCUCCCGCUCGGUAGAAGUUUGAUGGAAAGGGGAUAAUAAAAAACGUUCUUUACUUCUUAGCUCAUCGGGCUGUCUUAAUCACUCGCUACCUAGGUACAUGGGGAAAUCGAUACAAAGGGGAAGUUUCGACUCAAUCGCUCUUUUAGUAGAUAGUGGGAAUCAUGCUUAGUCAAGGGGGAAGAUGAAUGAAUGUACUUACCUGCUCAUUCAUUCGAUAAGAGAGGGAUUGGAAGAAGAAGUCUAAGGUGUUAUUCACUUUUGUAUAAAACUUCUUUAUGUACCAAAGUAGUCUUAAUUAGAAAUAUACCAGCAAAGCUCGAACAAAGGAGAGUGUGUAUUCUUCCGGGAGGAUACCGAGCCAAGCGAGCGAAGCUGGAUAGAUGUGUGGGACAGAGGGAAGACCAAGGGGUUCGGCAGAUGAACGAGUGAUUAAUACUGCUAGAGGUAUCUUGUUCGACUUCUACUUGCAUUUGAGAAGUAUAUCCUUAGCUUUCUCUCGUCUGAGCCAGGAUCACGAAUUCCGGGAAGCAAUCAACUUACAGAGAACUAAGAACAACGACUACGCCCCCUACGAUUGUUUCGAUUUCUGCCACUACUUUUUGAGUAUCCCACUCCUCUAUUGGUUGAAUUCAUACAAUAAAGUGAAAUGAAAGAAAAGAGGGAACGAGACAUCACAAUGAGAUCUUCAUCUAAAAACAAACUAAAAGAAGGGUUUUCCUUCUUGAAGAAGAUUCAAUCCGUGCGAUUUUUAGCCAAACACUCUCAUGUUCAAGGAGUGGGCGCGGGGGAGGGAGCUGGGUCCCUAGCUCAUGUUCAAGCAGGGGUUUCUACGCCCGCCCAGGAAUACAGAUAAGGAAGUGCAGCCGAAGGUAAUGCUAUUGUGGAAUUCCGUUCAAAUAGAAAGCUUUUGCUUUUGGCCAGUUCAAGGCUUCCUCCCUGUAUACAACCGUGAGCUGUAGGCUCAGAUAGGAUAGUAGCGAACCAGAAAAAAUUCCCGUAGUUGAAUAAGGUAAGGUGGACGUUGAAAACUUUCCAACAGAUAAUAUGGAAUACUCUUAUCAAAAGACGAGCACUAUACUCUUUUUUUAGGGCAGAAAGAUGCUAACUCGGUUUCGGGCUAAUGGAAGGACGAUUACCGUAAGCCUCCAGAAAGAAGACAGGGGCUUAUGAAUUUCAUUCUUUGAAACUACGCGCUAGACUAAGAAUCCCUCUAUUUUUAUAUCUUUUAUUGGCGCUUCUAUAGAAUAGAAAGAAGGUUUUCCUCGUCAAAGUACGCCCAAAGACUUAUCAUAAAUUCCAUUAAGCAGAGACCCUUUUUUCUGUGAGGGGUCGUAGGCUAGUCUUUCAGUAAUUUCCGAGGAGUCAAUUCUAAGAGUUCUCUAUUGGUUCACGAACACGACCCGGCAAUCGUGGACCCUUCCUCUAGUUAGUGACUUGGCUCCCUUCCUUCUAGUCACUGCUAGUAGGAUAACAUCUAUUAAUCCCUUCUCUUCCUUCUACUUUUGCUUUCUUUCUGUCUUCUGAUUGUUGGUUCAUAAAGGGCUACUAUAAGACAGCUCUGCAUUCCUUCGAGGCAAUCGUAGCCAAGCUCUGAGACUAUUCAAGCUAGUGUGGUAACGAUAUUGAGGAGGAUACCUAGCUAGUCUUGAACCAGAGCAGGGAAGUGAAGCCCUCGAUUAGCUAAGCAAAUAGCUAGCUAUAUAUGUCUUGGCCUCGGGAAAAGACUUCCAUCUACCAAUCAGCGGACCGGAACUCCCAGGCUCUGUAUUUAGCAACCUCAGAAUCGACUAUGUGUUUUCCGGGUGAAUCAUUUAGAGUUCCUGGGGAAGAGGUGUAAUAUCCCUUUAACCUGGGAGUGGCUCAAAGCCUUUUGUAGACAGGAGGGCAUCAUCUAGGUUGGAAGUCUCCAUUCAUUGUUAGAGCUGUUGGAGAGCUUUAGAGCUCAAGGUUCGUCAAAGUCUUAUGGUCUUCCAUCGGGACUAGUUCCGGGGUGGAAGUGACUCUACCGAACCCUUAACCUCGGUACAAGAAAGAAAGGGAACCAUCACUCUCAUAGGAGUAAGGGCAAGGGAAUCAUCAAUCCAAAAAGGAAAGGCGAAAUCCAGUUUUCUUUUGUCCUACUUUUAUGAGAAAUUAGAUGGGGAUUCCAAUAGAAGCCCUUCCUUUUCUGUCUCUUUGUGACUGUGAAUUGAAUGAAUAAACGGAUGAGUUCGAUUCAAGCAUCCGAACAAGAAUGCCAACUGGGUUCAGAUACCCCAAAGCCACAAGAAGACACUUAGGAUUUUUUCUAUCCGGGUCUCAUUCGACUAAAAAGUCUUUAUCGUACAGAUUCAUUUCGAUCGAUUCUUCCCUUUUAGAUAUGGAGAAGUGAAAUAUAAAUAUUUAUUAGUUAUUACACGAUGCAUUCCUCUGGAAACAUGUGAAUUCAGCUUUCCCUCUCCGUUGAAUGAACUAACUACGGGCUGCAUUUGUCUCCCGAGCCAGAAAGCCAGACAAAAUGAGGGGUCGGGUCGAUGGAAUAUCCCUGCUGUUUCAGGAAGCGACCAGUGCGUAACAAAGGGCUUUCUUCUUGACAGGGUUGGAUUCAGUCUAGGGUUCAUCAUGAAAUCUGAAAAAGGGGUCCUUACCUCAGAUGUUUCGAAGGUGUUGGGUACAUCGGGAGACUGAUCCUUCUACUUUUGCUGCAGCUGUUGUAAUUGAAUCAUCAUAAGCUGGACAUUCAGAAAAAUAGGUAGCUCUUGUGUGAAAGAAUAAGCUUCUAUUACUUUCAUCUCUGGCUAUUGAGCCAAGUGGAAGUAACUCUUACUGUUAUAGAAUCUGCUCUUACUGGUCUCCUAACCGGUGCUAGUGAAAGCAAAUAACAUAGUAAAAGAAGAAGAGAAUGUCCUGAGAGAAGGAAGACUAGAUAAAUAUCGUUUUUUGGUAGCAUCCGAUUUGUAACUACUCGUAUUAGCUCACCCAGUAAUAAGUGCUUAAAACAAAGCUCUGCCCUUUGGCACGAUCAUAGACGCAAGCAAUCUAGCAAGUUCGAACGAAGACGAUAGAGGGGAUCCGCAAGGAUCGUUACGAGCGAUUAGGACCCAUACCAAUAGACUUAGACUCCCUCUUCCCCUAUUCCUGAACCCCAUAAUUAGACUCACGAGCCAGGUGGCGGGAGAAAGCAUUUUUAGAAAAGAGACCCAGGCCGGCCUUUUAUUCCCGAUUCGCUAAACAAGAGAUCAAUUAACUAAGCGGGCAGGUAAAAGGAAUAACGAGCAAUCUUCGCCACAUCGCGUAUAAUGGGAGUCGAACCCACUACAUAGGUUUCUUCCUUGUUUUACGCUUGAACCCCAACUUCAAAAGGCAUUUUCGGGGACUAGCCUCCUUCCUUUUCCUUGCUCAUACUACCAGUAAAGGAACUACGGAUUCCGAGUGUAAUGGCUAAAAAUGGCUUUGCUCGUUAUUGGAUUACUGAAAUGAAAUAGUGAAUGCGAGAACCAUUUGCGAGGGGCCCCCCUCACCACUCCCCUCCUCACUUAUCACGGAAGCAACCCAACCAAGGAGAACUCACCAUGACAAAGGCCCGCCUUCCCUUUAUACAUACUAGUUUUACCCAACAGAGAAACCAAAAUAAUUAAUUGUCCUUCAAUCCGGCCAUGGCCGCCAUUUUGCGGCCUCCUCCUCGAUCCGGAAGCAUAACAGGCUCCCCGGAUUCUGGAGCUCGUGCAUAAAGUUAAUUAUAAAUUGUAUUUUUUAAUUCUCCCCCUCUAUAUCGUCGACAUAAAACGCAUAGUGUUUGGCUGCGUCCUUAAAUGCUUCGCAGCUUCGGGGGGGGCUACUCUUCUUUUUUGUCAAUUGAGCCGCUUUCCCUCAUUCCACUCGUCCAGCCUCUUCACGAACUUGUACAAUCGAUGCCACAAAGAUAGUCAACUCUAUUAUCGAAGAAAUAAGGAAAUGGGCGACGAUUUGGCACCAGAUAUCUGGAGGUGUGGAAAGAGCAGCGGUGAGAAGCGGAAAAACCAUCAAAAAACGACGAUUGUUCGUGAAGGUUUCCACAGAAAGACCCCUUGGUUCUGGCAAACAGAUCACAAUUACAGGUACCUGAGAGCAUACCGAUGGAAUGAACGAAAUCUGAACAGUUAGCAUAAUAUGGUCAUAGAUCUUAGGUUGUAACUUGAUCAUGAGCGAAUUUGUUGAUGUUGCACCCACGAAGUAUAAAAAGUACCAAACAUUGGGAACUACCCGGGGAAGAGUUAGGAACAGGAACAAGGAGAAGCGAGAACCACUUAAAUAGAGGAAUCGAUUGUAUUUCCUCCUUUGUUCCCCAUGGCAACUGGGGAUCAAAAAGCACCAAAUUUGAUGACUUAUUAAGGGAAAGACGAAGUAAGAACAUGCUAUUGAAGACGUUGCAACAUAUGUCGGGGAGGCCUCCGUUGAUUGUGUACAAACAAAAUACGAGUCCAAAGACAGGGUAAGAAAGGGUUUAGCUAAU